AAGUCUCAUUCAAAGUCGUCAUCUGCCUCAUUUUCUAUAGCUACAAAUUAAGAGGCUUCCUUGAGCUCUUCAUCUAUCCUAAUCUUCGUUUUCACAACCUCGAUCACCAUGUCUUACGAGAAGUUCUCCAAGACUUACGGAGAUAAUUCUCCACCGACGGGUAUUCCGGUGAGCUCCAGCAACCCCUACUAUAGCCAUCCUGCUCAUCAUCAACAUCCUGGUCAAUAUGACAAGAACUCAUCCCAAAUGCCUGCUCCUCCUCCUCCUCCUUAUCAACCCCGCCCUGGAGCAGCCACUGAGCCGUGGAAAUCCGGCCUCUGCGAUUGCUUCUCCGAUCCCAAAAACUGCUGCAUAACCUUUUGUUGUCCAUGCAUCACUUUUGGUCAAAUUGCUGAGAUUGUGGACAAAGGCUCUACAUCUUGUGGUGCGAGUGGAGCACUAUACACACUGAUAGCUUGUGUGACUACUUGUCCUUGCAUCUAUUCAUGCUUCUACCGCUCAAAGAUGAGGCGGCAGUACUCUUUGGAAUCAAGCCCUUGUGGUGAUUGUUUGGUUCAUUUCUUCUGCGAGCAAUGCGCCUUGUGCCAGGAGUACCGUGAGCUCAAGAGUCGUGGUUUCGACAUGGCCAUCGGAUGGCAUGGAAAUAUCGAAGAAAGGAACCGUGAAGUGGCAAUGACGCCAGUGCCCCCGAUGGUGGAGGAAGGCAUGAGUCGCGAUAAAUAGAUAUAAUGGAACAGAAUGAGCUAGCAGCCUUUAUAUAUCUGUUGCAUGUUAUUAUGUAAAAAUAAAAUCUGUGUUAUGAGUUAUAUGAAUACUUAUUGUUACAAGUUUGUAAGAUGAUGGAUUUGUAAUUAAGAUGUAAUUUCUCCUUUGGUAAAGAAGAAUGAAUUUCGUUAUAAUAAUAUUCCAUUAGAUCGACCGCC